AUGAAGCAAGACACGCCGUCCUCGCCCGGCAGCAGCCCUUCACUGCUACGACGCCUCAGCCAAUUCGUACAGCCCGGCCAAUCGUCUUCGGCAUUCCAGCCGAGAUCUAAGGGCCCCGUCGAUUCGCCUUCGACGCCCACCGCGACCAUGCCGAACAACGAUGCCAGCGUCAAGUCGCUAUGGCUUGACUGUGACCCGGGACAUGACGAUGCGAUGGCUUUGCUCAUGGCCGUCCACCAUCCCAGUCUGGAUCUGCUUGGAGUCUCGACGGUAGCGGGCAAUGCUGGUGGACGCGACACUUUCCUCAAUGCUGUUCGUAUCAUGGCGCUGUACCGAGCAGAUCCCUCGAUCCCAGUCAUCCGCGGCUCGGACUGUCCGCUCGUCAAGGAUGUCAAAGUGGACGUCGGCAUUCAUGGCCAAGGUGGGUUGGGCGGUGUACAUGGUCUACCAUCUCUCUCAUCCCCCCUGUGCCAACCCUGGCUGCAGCCUGCUCACCCAAAGACGAGCUCACCAACAACUGGACCCGAGCCCGCGUUGUUUCUUUACGCGCUCUCCACCAUCCUCACCGAGCGCCUCAACGCGGGUAAGCCGCCCAUUCACCUCGCUGUCACUGGUCCCAUGACAAACGUCGCGCUCUUCAUCCGAUGUUAUCCCCACCUCAUCAAGGGCAUCGAACAGAUUGUACUCAUGGGCGGUGCUGCUGGCGUCAGAGGCAACCGAGGUCCGCUCGCAGAGUUCAACAUCCUCAACGACCCCGAAGCAGCUGCCAUUGUCUUUAACACCGACAUCAAGGUCGUCAUGGCCGGCCUCAACGUCACGCACCAGGCCAUCUUCACGGCAGAGCUCCAUGAUCGCCUCGUUUCUGGUGGAGCGCAAUCUGCUUCAUCUAGAAGACAUUCGAAAGCUGCAUUGAGUCCCAUCUCGCCGACGCAAUCUCCAGCAGCUUCGCCCUUUGCGCCGCCAUCCGAACUCUCGUCAUCCGCACAGUCGGGACCCAGCGAUCUCAAGAGGAUGCUGAGUUCGACCCUCACCUUCUUUGCAAAGACGUAUGCGUCCGAAUUUGGCUUCAACCGAGGCCCUCCUGUCCACGACAUGCUCGCCAUCGCCUACAUUAUCGAUCCGACGCUCUUCUACCGCCGCGUGCCUUCACCGGGCGAUGUCCCUAAUGCGGCCAUGUACGACGCCGACCCGCAGAGCAACAAGGAUGUGCACUUAGCAAGGUCGAGCAACCCACGCAGCAUGCACGACGGCAACUCAUUGGGUCUUGUCAGUGGCGCUGUAGGCGGAGGCGGUGGAGCGGCGAGCGACGUUUCCGACGCGCCGGCGGGUUCGGCCGAUGCAGCGAUGCAGUUCCAGGGCUCGCCGCCCAAGCGAUACCGUGUCGACGUUGAAUGCAAUGAUGGCCUCGCGUGCGGUGCAACCGUCGUCGACUUUUGGGGCGACCGCGUCGAACACGAUGGAUGGAGCAGAGGCGGGAGAAACGUUGAAGUGCUCGAGAACCUCGAUUGCCCGCGCAUGUGGGACAUCUUCUUCCAAGUGGUAGACCGAGCGGAAGCACACAUUGCCGCCAGUGACCUUGUUCGCGAUGCCGGUGUUACGGCGCAGGGACCCUCCGAUGCUCAGUCUGGUCCAAACUCGCCCUCCAGAUCGCCGACCAAGGCCUUUUCUACCUUGCGCCUUGACGGAGACUCGGCUAUCAACACUACAAACUAG